UUGAAAACAUUGCAGCACGUCGUCUGUCACGGUCUUCACACUGGGGCUGGGCUGAGGCAGGCAGGGUGUGACGCUGAUAAUGGUGUGAACCCGGGUUUGUGAUGCUGCCGCUGAGCCGGGUUCUUCUGCUCUCCCCUCCCUACCCCUCCCCACUCCUGCCCACAGCGCCGCGGCACCUCUUUCGAGUCUGAGCUAACUGCGCCCAGCGCGGGCACAGAAAGAACCUCCUCCCACUGCCAGCAACCUGCGGCCUGGAGCAGCCGGAGCAGUGACAGCGCUUCUCCGCCACCAGCCCCGCGACCACCAUGGCCGCCCACCGCAGGGACAGGAAUAGCUGGGGUGGGUUUUCAGAAAAGACAUAUGAAUGGAGUUCAGAAGAAGAGGAACCAGUGAAAAAGGCUGGGCCAGUCCAAGUCCUCAUUGUCAAAGAUGACCAUUCCUUUGAGUUGGAUGAAGCAGCACUAAAUCGUAUCCUUCUCUCAGAGGCUGUCAGAGAUAAGGAGGUUGUUGCCGUAUCUGUUGCUGGAGCAUUUAGGAAAGGAAAAUCCUUUCUGAUGGACUUCAUGUUGCGAUAUAUGUACAACCUGGAAUCAGUUGAUUGGGUUGGAGACUACAAUGAACCACUGACUGGUUUUUCAUGGAGAGGUGGUUCUGAACGAGAGACCACUGGAAUCCAGAUAUGGAGUGAAGUCUUCCUGAUCAAUAAACCUGACGGUAAAAAGGUGGCAGUGCUAUUGAUGGACACUCAGGGAACCUUUGAUAGUCAAUCAACUUUGAGAGAUUCAGCUACAGUGUUUGCCCUUAGCACAAUGAUCAGCUCAAUACAGGUAUAUAACUUAUCCCAAAAUGUCCAAGAGGACGAUCUUCAGCACCUUCAGCUUUUUACUGAGUAUGGCAGACUAGCAAUGGAGGAAACAUUCCUGAAACCAUUCCAGAGUCUGAUAUUUCUUGUGCGAGACUGGAGUUUCCCUUAUGAAUUUUCAUAUGGGGCUGAGGGUGGAUCCAAAUUCUUAGAAAAACGGCUUAAGGUCUCAGGGAAUCAGCAUGAAGAAUUACAGAAUGUUCGAAAACAUAUCCAUUCUUGUUUCACCAAAAUUUCCUGUUUUCUGCUACCUCAUCCUGGCUUAAAAGUAGCUACCAACCCAAACUUUGAUGGAAAACUGAAAGAAAUAGAUGAUGAAUUCAUCAAAAACCUGAAAAUCCUGAUUCCUUGGCUACUUACACCGGAGGGCCUAGAUAUUAAAGAGAUCAAUGGGAACAAAAUUACCUGCCGAGGUCUGGUGGAGUACUUCAAGGCUUAUAUAAAGAUCUAUCAAGGUGAAGAAUUACCACAUCCAAAAUCCAUGUUACAGGCUACAGCAGAAGCUAACAAUUUAGCAGCAGUGGCAACUGCCAAGGACACAUACAACAAAAAAAUGGAAGAGAUUUGUGGUGGUGACAAACCUUUUCUAGCCCCAAAUGACCUGCAGAUCAAACACCUGGAGCUUAAGGAAGAAUCUGUGAAGUUGUUCCGAGGGGUAAAGAAGAUGGGUGGGGAGGAAUUUAGCCGGCGUUACUUGCAGCAGUUGGAGAGCGAAAUAGAUGAACUUUAUAUCCAGUACAUCAAGCACAAUGAUAGCAAAAAUAUUUUCCAUGCAGCCCGUACCCCAGCCACACUCUUUGUUGUCAUCUUUAUCACAUAUGUGAUUGCCGGUGUGACUGGAUUCAUUGGCUUGGACAUCAUAGCUAGCCUAUGUAAUAUGAUCAUGGGACUCACCCUUAUUACCCUGUGCACCUGGGCAUACAUCCGCUACUCUGGAGAAUACCGAGAGCUUGGAGCUGUAAUAGACCAGGUGGCUGCAGCCUUGUGGGACCAGGGAAGUACAAAUGAGGCUUUAUACAAACUUUACAGUGCAGCAGCAACCCACAGACACCUUUACCAUCAAGCUUUUCCUGCACCCAAGUCAGAAACUGCUGAACAAUCUGAAAAGAAGAAAAUCUAAUCAGAAUUUUAAAAAUACAGGUGCAUGAUCGGUUGUCAAUUAAAUAUUCUGUUUAUGUCUUCAUGUAAACAUUCAAAGUGCUUCCAUCAAAACAGUAAUACAAACACCUCUGAGGACUGCAAAAUGGUUAAGUUCUUUUACUUCAGUGUUCAAUAAACAGAUGUAUGUAUGCAUGGUUAUAUCAUUUUAACAUGUAGUUUCCUGGUUUUGUCUUCAAAAAGCUGUUAUAAGUUAAAGUACUUGUCUAUUUAUAAUACUAUGAUGUGUUAUGCUUGAACUUUACUAAAUUAUACUACUGGGUUCUAAUUAAACCAUGUAGUGCUAUUA